CAUGCACUCCUCACGCCAGAGUCUUGAAGGAAGAUUGCGCUUGUAGCAAUUCUUGGAGCAAACUCGCCACAGCAUGUCGAACGCAGCUCGCGACGCGGCUUACAGUGAAAACACUCGGAAAGCGCUGUCACUUGAUGCGCCAGCCCAGGGGAGCUCGACAUUGGAUGCACAAGAUGUCAGUGCUGGGCGGGCGGAAGGGAGCUCGAGUGUUGAAGAGGAAGUCGAUGCGCCAGAGUGGGAAGUGCCCCUGGCAAUGCUCAGAGAUCUGUACCUACCCGCAUCAGCCUUGGCGGGCGGUACGUCAAUUGGAGCGACUUAUCCAUCCCCAAAGACGCGAUCGGAGCUCGAGAAUGGCAGCGCGUCAAGAGCUUCUUCAAGCCCGAGCAGUCAAAAGGUAUCGAGUGCGCAAGACGCCAAACGUUCAACCCCUACGCCUCCGAUGAAGAGACGGGCUCAUGGCACACUCUUGCUGGAUCGCCGCGCUUCAGUCGAGUUGUCCAGGAGUCACAGAUCAGACGGCCUCCGUCUGCGGGAAAUGACUCGCACCCUCAGAGCGUGGGGCUAGGCGUUUCGACCGCACCGUCAUCACUGCCUCCUUCACAGUCCCUACAGAGCCUCGAGAGUACUUCUUCUCUGAGAAGCCUCGCAUCCAGCGGUCUCAUGAGUAGCAAGUCCCGC